UGUUAAGAAAAUGACUCCUCCGCCCCCGAAUGAAAUGCACAAGAGGCCGCCGAGAGCAGCGCGAGCCAGAAGCGCUCUGCCGGCAAAAGUGCACGCCGGUCGUGAGCACCACAGGAGGGAGCGACGCCGAACAACGAGAGGUGAGGCUCACGCGUUCUCUGUGCUCCAAGGGCAGCAAAACUCGAUGUCUCACACAUCGAAUCCGACACACAACUAAGCGCUACUGGGCGGUGACAAACACGCCGCCGCUGUUGCCCUAGCGACGCAAAACUGCCGCAUGUCGCCAAACUGGGGCGUUUCGAAUGCGCCGCCAGUCAUGCCGCUGGAGGUGCUCCGAAUUCGGCCUCGGGAGAGGGCCUGUCCAUUCCGGAGCUCGCUUGGAGGAAGGGGGGAAAGAGUGGAGCACGAUGAAGGCAGGAGGCAGGAGGCAGGAGGAGAGGGAGACGACGAGGAGGACAGCCACCACCGCACCGGCAAAACGGAGCGGGAGCAGGAGCAGGCCUGGGCGCGGGGCGCACCGGCAACGCGCCCUCUCGGGCCGAGCCCUCCCGGCGCGGCGUCCAGACGAUCGCUCGCGGCGAGAAGGGGGGCAGUAAUUGGCAGAAAAGAGCGAGAGGAACAAAGAUGGGUGGAGAGGAAGGAGAAGGAGAAGGACGAGGAAGAGGAGGAGGAACGGGAACAGGAACAGGAGAGGGAGGACCCAGGAGAAGGGAUCGGCCCGCACAGGCUGGCAGAGGAGGCGCUGACCGCUCGAGGAGCACGGCACGCAGGCCGACUGCACUGCUCGAGGGACCGAAAAUCUCUGCCGGGCAGGGCCUGACCGAAGGCGGCGAUGAUGCUCGGGACGAGGAGGGGGAGUACA